CGUGCCGAAAGUAAAUUCACAUCAUUUGCAGGGUUUCACUCCCCUGUACGACAGUUCUCCGGAAAAUUGUUCCAGAAAAUGCAAAAAUAUGAAAAAUUAGAGAAAAUAGGAGAAGGAACAUAUGGUACAGUUUUCAAGGCCAAGAAUCGUGAUACGCAUGAAGUUGUAGCUUUAAAAAGAGUACGACUAGAUGAUGAUGACGAAGGUGUUCCAAGUUCAGCUUUAAGAGAAAUUUGUUUAUUGAAAGAAUUAAAGCACAAGAAUAUAGUCAGACUGCAUGAUGUGUUACACAGUGAAAAGAAGUUAACAUUAGUAUUUGAAUACUGUGAUCAGGAUCUGAAGAAAUACUUUGACAGUUGUAAUGGAGAGAUCGACCAGGAUACAGUUCAGUCGUUUUUGUACCAGCUGUUAAGAGGUUUAGCAUUCUGUCAUUCUAACAAUGUACUUCAUAGGGAUCUCAAACCUCAGAAUUUACUCAUUAAUAAGAAUGGUGAAUUGAAGCUUGCAGACUUUGGAUUAGCCAGAGCAUUUGGAAUACCAGUGAGAUUUUAUUCUGCAGAGGUAGUGACACUGUGGUAUAGACCUCCAGAUGUACUUUUUGGUGCUAAGAUGUACUCAACAUCAAUAGACAUGUGGUCAGCUGGAUGUAUAUUUGCAGAACUUGCCAAUGCAGGAAGGCCAUUGUUCCCUGGUAAUGAUGUUGAUGAUCAACUGAAGAGAAUAUUCAAAUUGUUAGGUACCCCUACAGAUGAUACCUGGUCAGGAAUGUCUCAAUUACCUGAAUAUAAGCCUUUUCCAUUAUAUCAAGUUACUACCAUAUGGCAACAAGUUGUUCCAAAACUCAGUGCUAAAGGUCGUGACCUUUUACAGAGAUUAUUAGUUUGCAACCCCCCAGGAAGAUUAUCAGCAGAAGAAGGACUACAGCAUGCCUAUUUCCAGGACCUAGACCCAGCAGUGAAAAAUGAUUCAAAUGUCUUGUCUCAUGGCAGAUGACAUUAAGCCUAAUUUUAAUUUUAAUAUUGUCCCUAGAUGUCAGUACAAGUGUGUUUGAUAUCUAACAGAUGGAUAGUACUUGCUCUGUCCAAUAAUUUCUGUUGUGAUCUUGAUGUAACCAUGGAAACUGCAAGAAAACUGAAGAAAAAAACUUAUGCAUUUGAAAUGCAUUUGAUUUGGAAACAAAUUGGAAUGAAUGACAUAAUCAUGUGCAGUAUUAUGCUAUUAAAUGUUUUUAACAAGUCGUAA